CUGACUUCCUAUAGUUGUCAACUACAUGUACGUAUACAAUGGCAUAUGGUGUGAAAAUAUCAUGUAUUUAUUUUUACUAACGUUUACAUCAUGAUCAAACGAAGGAUAUUUUAUGUUGCUGUUAUGUGAAAUAUUUAACUGCACAUCUGAACAUAUAUAUAAGAACCUAUUAAAAAUCUACAAUCAGCUGUUGUUUCUAAGAUGGCGAGUCCCUUGCGUGACACAUUUGAUGCAAGACAGGUCGCUGGAGAUAACAGCACAAAUAACGAACCAUGGCAUUGUCAAGCUUGUUUGUUUUCAAAUAAAGGAGAUAGAAACACGUGUGCUGCCUGUAAAAGAAAAAGACAAAAAGACGACAAACCGGGAUAUUAUCAUGGAAAUAUUUCCCGAAAAGAGGCAUGCACUAUCCUGGACAGUAAAGAUAGUGGAAGUUUUUUAAUUCGAGAAUUAACACCAAAUCGGAUGAUACUCUGUGUUAAACAUCAAUGGGGUGUGACUUCAUGUAGCCUGUUUGUUGAUGCAAAUGGUCAGAUAUUUCUUGGAUCAAAAUGGAAUUUUGAGUCAAUAGAGUCACUUGUCAGAUAUUUUUCAACAAACGACGGAUUACUCACCAAACUGACACACCCUGCUAUCAGAAAAGCUCCAGACAGAGAUUUGUUUCCAUGGGAAAUUAAGUUGAGUGAAAUAGAUGUUAAAUACAGGAUAGGUUCUGGAGGAGGGCGAUUAGGAGAAAUUUAUGACGCAACAUAUAUGAGGUCGAAAAGAAGAAUAUUUGUCAGAAUACCUAAUGUAUUUUAUUUAAAGCAAGUAGAUGAUGCAAUAGACGAGGCAACAAAACUAGUGUAUAUUCAGCAUCCUAACGUGGUCAAGUUUAUAGGCUUAUGCAUCGAGUACUCACCGAUGUACGUGGUAACAGAGUUUAUGCCGAAAGGCAAUCUACUCAAUUAUGUACAAAACCAUCAAGAAGAUAUACAUCACAACUCAAUGAUGUCAAUGGCUAGACAAAUUGCAGCUGGGUUGACCUAUUUGGAAGUACAAUCAAUACACCAUCCGAACCUCUCUUUAAGACAUUGUUUAAUAAGCGAGGAUGAUACUAUAAAAGUUGGUGGCUAUGAGAUGUCGAAGCUAAUGGUAACUGACAAAAUAAUGAAGAUUCUCUCAUCUGAUCUAUCAAUGGCACCUGAAACUAGAAAAUCAAAUAUUCUGACCAGCAUGUCAAAUGUAUGGGGAUAUGGUUUUGUUUUAUGGGAACUCACGUCUUUGGGGAGAUCGUUGUAUCCUGGGAUAAACUAUAACGAGAUGUCCGUCACAUUAGAGAAAGGGUACAGAAUGCAAAAGCCACAACAUUGCCCUAUGGUUUUGUAUACAUUAAUGCUUAAAUGUUGGAAAUGGAUUCCUGAAGACAGACCAACUUUUACAGACAUAUGUAAGGAAUUAGAAGAUGCUAACCUCACAGAUGAAAAGGUUGGUAAUGAUAUUUCCAACAUUGUCAAAAUAUCAAACGUGCCCCUACAGAUGACAGUGCAGACCCUAAGGUUAUACGUAGAAGGUUUAUCAGAAGAUAUGAAAUCAAGUGUUGGGCAUAUACGGUUUGAUGAUAAUAACAGUACUGCUUUCAUUGAUUUUAUUUCAAAUGCAGCUGCUGAAUCAUUCAUGUUGAUGGGCCCUACAGAAAUUGAAGGAUGUCAAGUAAAAUGCGAAAGAUACAUCACAGCAUCACAGGACGAUAUGAGCGAUGUGAUGUCAGAAAUUAAAAACUUAGGAUUUGAGACAGUUCAGGGAUUUGAGGAAAUUAUGAAGAAGGGAAGCUACAAAUGCUAUUGGAACCGUGUUUAUUUGGUAGGAAAUUAUAAAAUUGGUAAGACGACAUUAGCUAAAGUGCUUGUUGGAGACCCAGUACCUGAAGUCAGACAAUCAACAGAUGGAAUAUGGCUUUACAUAGGAUUAGCAGGAAUGGAAAUCGAUCAGCAGAAGUGGAUUUGUUUACCAAAAGGAAGUGCGAUAAAAACAGUCAUAUCUUCUAUGUUGAUGUCUUUGUCAUGCCAAGAAGACCAGAAUCCUCAAAUUGAAGAACCGUUUGAAUUACCUGUACAAACUGGCUCAAUAGAGUCGAACACAGAAAACGCGGUGAAUACAGACACAAUUAAUGUUACGCCUGGCACUAAUGACAAUUUACAUGAGUUCUUUGACAGAGAAAUUUCACAGAUUGAAAAAGAGAGUAAGCUGAACACAUUUUCCGAAAAUUUGAGUCAUAUGCAAGAAGGUGUUUUGGGAAACAUUAUAGAGGCAAUGUCUAAUGAAAAGAUUCGGGAGUUAGUUGUCGAUGUUGCUAGAGUUGGGAGAUACAAAAUGAAAAUCGUUCCUAUAGACAUUUGGGACUUUGGUGGACAGAAGGAUUACUAUAUGACACAUCAGUUGUUUAUCACAAGCCGGGGAAUCUUUGUGCUAAUGUUUAAUGGAAGUCAAAAUAUGCACCAGCACAUGUCUGAUUUGUCAUUUCUACCUGGUCACUAUGGCCAACCGACCAUUGCAGUGUACCUCAAACAUUGGGUGAAUUCUAUAUUGACCUUCUGCAGACGAGUAAAGGAAUGUUUCCCGCGAAUUUUAUUUGUGGCUACACAUAAAGAUCUGAUUCCCAAGAAUGAAGUGGAGCAACAACGACAAUAUCUUAUAAGAUCAAUCCAUAAAUUAUUUGAACAUCAUUCUGGAUACGGCCAUUUAGAAUAUAAGAAUCUUUUAUUCAUCGAUGCUAGAGACAGUUCAGACAAAGAGAUUACACUUCUUAAACAACUGUUAAUACAGAGAGCAAUUGACCAUCCACGAUGGGGAGAAGACAUGCCUACGGCCUGGGUUCCUUUGGAGUUAGAACUUUUACAGGAAGUUGAAAACGGUAACAACAUUAUCUCAAGAUCCCAGUUAGAAAAACUGAAUGAUGAAAACAAGACUUUCACUUUGACUCCGAAUCAACUGGAGGGUUUUCUGAAAAUUCAACAUUCGUUGGGAAAACUUAUAUAUUUUGAUGAAAUGAACCUUAGAAAUUUUAUCAUUUUAAAUCCUGUUUACUUGAUCGAGAUUCUGCGUUCCAUUGUUACUGAUCAACAGUUUUGGCAAAGAGGAGAAUCAUGUACGGAGUCAUUUCAGCGUUUGAGAAAUGAGGGUAUAAUAGAAAAGAAAACCAUUUAUUCAAAAUGGGAGCAAGAUGAAUUCAGCCAUAUCCAUCCGUUCAAAGAGUUUAUGUUAGAUAUUUUAAUCCACCUUGAUAUUAUUGUAUCACCACGUACAGAUCUGGAAAAUCUCCCGUUACCCUUUCGCACCGUUUCCUUCUAUCUUGUUCCUUGUAUGAUUACAAACCCCGACAACACCAACUACAUAGCAACGUACUGCAAUGACAAUAACAGUAUAGUUCUUGCCUAUACAUUCGUGGAUGAUGUCAUUCCGCCAGCAUUAUCAUAUAGGUUUUUAGGUUCGAUUUUAACUAUGUGGGAUGUAAAGAUUAAUAAUGGAACACGUAUGAUGUUUUGUGAUCUUACAGUAGUUGAGAUCGAUGCUGAUCACGACGUUGCUGUCCAAGUCAAAGACAAGAGGGUGGUCGUAUCUUUAGUACAUCGUGACAAUAAAAAAAGAAUAGUCCCAACACUGGCAUCUUCUAUCCAGGAAUGUCUUACUGCUGCCAUCUUUAGAAUUUCAGAAUUUUACUCUUCCCUUUCAACAGAUAGUAUUACCAAUAAAGGACUUAACACGACAAUGCCGUUUGAAAUUGAAUUUGGUGUAUUUUGUCAAUCAUCAAUGUGUUACCUCCAUCAUCGGAAGAUGCCGUCAGCAAUAAAAGUAACAUGGGAAUGUCAACAGCACAGAACAGAGAAUGAUGUUCGGUACUUGCGUUAUUGGUAUGCCGACAAGAAACAUGCAGAAAGUUGCUCAGACACAUGUUCUGGUCCAGGAAAAUUGGAAAUUGAACAGUACCCAAGUGAUCAACUUCUAAGACGACUUGUCACAGAGCUUAACAUUAACACCUGUCGAGAACUGGCUAUCAGUCUUGGUAUGAAGGUCCAUACUUGGGAAGAUUUGGAAUACCAAUUUCAACAUGAUAAUAUUGAUAACAUCAAGUUUAUGGCUUUAUGGAAAUGGAAACAAAAGCAUAAGACAGCAUGCAUUAGGGAUUUGGUACAGGGACUGAAGAAAUGUAAUACAAGCAUACACUAUAUCUGCCAGGUUUUUCGGGAUGUAUGCAUUAAUUGUGAUUUCUCUGAAAACAUUCUUGAUGUUGAACCUACUAUACAAUCGUUAAAAGCCGUUUCAGACUACAUUGGCAACAGCUCCCUCCAACUUGGUGUUGAACUUGGAUUAGACGUACCACAAAUUGAGAAUAUCCAAAAUCAACUCAAAAACAAACCCUUAGAGCAGACGCGUGAAAUUUUGACUCGAUGGAGGGCAUCUGAUCAAUUUAAUCCUUCAGUGAGAUCGUUAAUCAAAGCAUUAUAUAGAAUAUAUAAAGCCGCUUGUGUAGACUACAUUAAUUUUUAAAAGUUAUAAAUCAAGAUUUCCGUUAAACCGUUCUCGCUUAGACUGACAGAAUCUUAUCAAAUUGUGAUAAGAUAUAUUAUCGCUAUUUUGUGCAUUUUUCCUUUGGUCAUUUUUUGUGAUAAAUUUCAUAUCAUUUUUCUAGCUUGAGAUGGAAAAAUUAUCGCUAGAAACUAAGGAAGUCACGUGGAGUUGCUAACGAAAUUGACAUUGAAAUUGACAACGUCGCCAGAGGUAAAAUAGCGAUAAACAGAUUAUCAUUGGUCAUCUUAACGAUAAUCUCUAAAUAACGAGAGAAUACGGACUAGUGAUACAAAACAAAUAUAUUACAUUUAUUACAACUAAUGAAUAUUUUGAUAAACACUUGAUGAACUUUCGGCGACAGGACCGAAAGAAAUCUUGAAUGUAUGAAUCAGAUAUUUUUUUGAAGUUUAUUUCAGUAGAAAUGAUUAUUGUCCAUUCGGAGACAUAUAAUGUGUAUUUUAUAAGCAAUUUUCUAUUUCCAAAACGGUACAGCGUUACCAUAUUUUUUUUAGUAAAAUCAUGAACAAAAAUUCAACAUUUCGAAUAACUAAUAUGUCUAUCAGUAAGAUGUCAAAUGAUUCUUAUCUUGACAUGUGGUGGUCGAACUGAAGCCAUAAUAUCGAACGUCAUAAUAAUGAUCCCUAAUCAAUAUACUGUAAGUUUAAUUUUUAUGUUUGGGAGGAUGAAUAAAUUCAUUAAAACUG